GGCACCGGCGUGACGUCACGACACGUCCCCUACCGGCUACCGUCCGCUGGUUGCCGCGGUGACCGGCUUGGGCUGGCUCCGGCCCCUCUGACAGGGGCUCUGUGCCAUGGGGCCGAGCACUGGGAACAGGAGCUUGAGCUCCGGGUCGCCGUCGCCGGCCUCUGGCCGGUCGCCUCCAGGUUGCGGGAAUGGGGCGCUCAUGGACAGUUUCGGGAUUUUUUUGCAGGGCCUGCUGGCAGUGAUGGCCUUCAGCAUCCUUAUGUUGAAGCGUUUUCGAGAACCAAAGCAUGAACGACGUCCUUGGAGAAUAUGGUUUCUGGAUACAUCCAAACAGGCGAUUGGGAUGCUGUUCAUUCACUUUGCAAAUGUCUACCUGUCAGAUCUCACUGGAGAGGACCCUUGCUCCCUAUACUUAAUUAACUUCCUACUUGAUGCCACGCUUGGCAUGUUGCUUAUCUACGCUGGAGUCAGAGUGGUAAGCUGCAUUGUGGAGUGGAGACAGUGGGACGCUUUGCGUUUUGGUGAAUAUGGUGAUCCUCUGCAGUGUAAGGCGUGGGUUGGUCAGUGUGCCCUCUACAUCCUCAUCAUGACCUUUGAGAAAACAGCCAUUGUCCUUGUCCUGCUCAUACCAAAUCUCAAAGAGAUUGCCAUGCUGAACCCUAUAGAAAACCCACAGCUCGAACUGGCCAUUGUGAUGCUCAUAGUGCCCUUUUUUGUUAAUGCAUUAAUGUUCUGGGUUGUUGACAACUUUUUAAUGAAGAAAGGGAAGACAAAGGCCAAGACUGAAGAGAAAGAUGGGCGUCCAGACUCACGAAAUGGGAACAAAAUAAGAUACAGACGGGCAGCCUCACAUGAUGAAUCAGAGUCAGAAAUACUCAUAUCAGCAGAUGAUGAAAUGGAGGAAUCAGAAGGUGAGGAGGAUCUGCGCCGCCUGACCAACUCCAAGUCGGUCAAGAAAAAGAAACAUCGCUUUGGCUUGCCUGUAUGAUUUCCCUUUCAGCUGUAGCGUGGCAAGGCCCGCAGGCAGAAAACAGAGUCCAGCUGUCUGGCACAUGAACUCUUCCAGCCACUACCUCUACUGUCUGACUUCAAAAA